AUGUUUCGCAUAGCCGCAGCUCGUUCAGCGAAGGCGGUCUUCCGCCAAGCACCGAGAGGCCCGGCGCAGCCCGCAUUGCGCUCGCUUCGCACACAGCCCGACACCACGCACCCGUCAACGCCCCCGCUCAGCGGGCUCGACGCCGAAGUCGAGGGUGUCGCGCCCGAGGUCUCGAGCUACGCCAUUGGCGCGACCGUGGUCUUGAUCGGCGGAGUCGCGUACUACGCAUACAGCGAGUUUGGCGCAGGGAUCGCCAAGCACCUGCCGUGGUUGGGCAGCGGGGCAGCCAGCACGGGCGCGCAGUCCACAGCCGAGGCCAAGGCCGAGGCCAAGAGCCAGGCGCAGCGCGUGCGGCGGCUGCGUGCCAGAAUGGCGCCUGUGUCGACAAUGUCGGCGCUGGAGCAGGUCAACUGGGCCUGGACGCACCCGGGCCUGUAUGUGACCGGGUCCAACAAGUAUGGGCUGGUUGAUCCCCUGCACCCAGGCUCUGGUGUCGGCCUCAAGGCAGCCGUCCCGGGCCUUGGGGGCAAGCUUUUGCGCAGCGCGGCCUUUGCCACCACGCACGCUGCGGCCGUCGACGCUGACGGCUGCCUUUACCAGUGGGGCACUGGCUUUGCCGGCGCCGCUGUUCCGCACACGCCGCUGUGCACGCUGCGCGACUCCAGCAUCCGUUUGCUGGUUGCCAGCAACGACUACGUUGCGGUCCUGGACAGCAAGAGCCGAGUCCGCCUGGUUCCCGCAACUGCCAGCGCCAGCGCAGAGCCCGCCACGCUUGCCUUUGAGCCGCGGCUGGGCUGGCGCGAGAACGUCGUGUCGCUGUCUGCCGGCGAAGACCACAUUGCGGCAACCACGAGCAGCGGUCACGUCUACACCUGCGCUCUCGGCCCUCGCGGCAACGACCGCAGCCAGCUGGGCCUCGGAGCAGCCGCUGCGGCCACCGUGCAGCCAUUUGUGCUUAAGCGCGUUCCGGCCGACCGCAAGUUCAGUGCCGCCGUGUGCGGCGGCCGCCAUACGCUGCUGCUUACGGUCGAUGGCGACGUGCUCGGUUGUGGCGCCAACGACUUUGGCCAACUGGCCAUGGGCAACUACACCGAAGGGAACUCCACCGUGCGUGAACUCACUCCGCUGCGCAGGCUGUGGAAGGACGAGCAUUUCCGCCCGGCGCUGGAGCGCGCAGAGAUGCUGGCCGCCAGCAGCGCAACGUCAUACAUCCAAGUCAGGCGCGGCGACAGCCUGCGCCUGCUCUCGUGCGGCCGCGGCAUUGACGGCCAGCUGGGUACCGGGUCUUUGGUCCACAUGCAGGGCAAGCCAGCUGUUAUUUCCGCGCUCUCUGACAAGCACGAGUUUGAUCCGCAGUCGCAAUCGCGCAAGCCACUGGGCCUGCGCUCGAUCUCUGCGGCCGGUGACCACGUUGUGGCUGUCCGCGACAACCAUACCAACGUUGUGUUGGACCAGUCUGGCGCCGAGGUGAACAAGGCUCCGCUCUUCGGGUACGAUGUGCUUAUUUGGGGCAGUAAUAAGGAGGGUCAGUGCAUUCCUGAUCGCCGCCACCGCUUCGCCGAACCCUCUCACCCGUCGCCGCUCUACCGCACAUCAAAUCUGGCAUCGGCAUCGACGUCAACAUUCACAGGUGCUGAUGACGUGUCGGCACCCAGGCUGCAGGCGGCUCCGAGACAAUGGGUGCCGGAAGCAGCCUUUAAAAACCUCAAUUCCGAGAGCAGCAGCAACAAAACAACUCGCUCGAGUGCAAAGCACCUGGUGGAGCAGGCAUUUGUGGCAGGCUCCGAGAUCACGGCCGCAUAUCUGAAGCUAUGCUGA